AUGUCCGCGCAAGAGACCAAGGAGGUAGACACCUUCUCGCUCCCGGCCGAGGAGCUGGACAUGCCGUUCUCCAUCCUCGACACCGACCUGUACAAGCUGACGACAGACCUCGAGACGCUUCACCUGACGCAGGAGGAGAGGCGGCGCCUGGCCAAGACCUGCCCUUACUUUCCGGAGAGCUACCUUGACUUCCUGCAGCAGCUUCGCCUGAAGCCGCGCGAACAGGUCAAGCUCACCUUCCUCGAGAAGGAGGACGGCAUGGGCGAGAUUGAGUGCGAGAUCAGGGGGCCCUGGCGGGACUGCAUCUUGUAUGAGAUCCCGAUCAUGGCAACGAAUCUCGCGAAAGAGAAGGCGCUCCAGCUUCUGAACCCGCCCGAGGGUGUGACGCCGAUUGCGUUCAGCGAGUUCGGUACGCGGCGCCGGCGCAGCUUCUACGCGCACGACGUGGUCAUGCGCGGUCUGGUCGCUGGAUUCGAGGAAUACAAGGCGAACGGAGGGAAGGGCGGUGUGCUGUCUGGAACGAGCAACUACGGUCUCGCACCGAGCGGGACGAUCGCGCACGAGUGGAUCAUGGCCAUCGGCGCGACGUACGGGUACGAGCACGCGAAUGCGCGCGCAAUGGACAUGUGGGAGGAGGUCUACCCCGCGAACGCGGAGCACCGACCGCCCCUCAUCAUGCUGACGGACACGUACACUGCGGGCGUGUUCUUCGCUGACUUUAUUGCGGACCCCGCUCGCGCUCUGCGCUGGAACGCUCUGCGCCAGGACAGCGGCGACCCGUACGAGUUCGUGCGCCAGGCCAAGGCAGCGUGGGAGGCCGUGUGCGCCAAGACGGGCCGUCCCGCCACCGAGGCGCUCGCAGGCAAGCGCGUCGUGUUCAGCGACAGCCUCGACGUGGAGCGCGCGAUCAAGCUGCAGCAGGGCUGUGACGAGAUCGGCCUCGCUGCCGCGUUCGGCAUUGGAACGUUCUUCACGAACGACUUCAAGCGCAAGUCAGAUCCGACACAGCAGAGCAAGGCGCUCAACAUGGUCAUCAAGCUGAACCAGAUCGACGGCAAGGACUGCGUCAAGCUCAGCGACGACAAGGGCAAGCACACUGGAGCCAAGGAGGAGGUCGAGCGCGCUCAGCGGGAGCUCCACCUCAUUUAG